AAUGUAAACUGCUCUACCACUUCUUUAUCAUGAUCAGACUUUUAUAUUGAGAGAGGUUUGAUUAACUAAGCGAACUUUAUUUACUUCAAUUCUAUCAAGUGUUAAAUUUCCGGCGAUAUUAAACCAGAUUUCCGGUGAGUGACAGAAGUGAAAAUUAGAAACAAAGAAAACUACCUGGAUUGCUUUGACUUAAGGAGAAAUCGGAAUUUUGCAGAUUCCAUAUUUUAUGACGUGUCGUCAGAUUUGCAGACCAAAAAGAAGAGGAAAGAAAGGAAACGAGUUGUCUGUUAUGAUGAAGAGAUAAAAAAGAAGAUGUUGUUAUUGUUGGACUGAGUAAAGGAUCCAGCUGAAGUUAUAUGUGUCAAACAUCUUCAAUAUUUAUAGAAUCACUUACAGAACUACUUCAAUCCAUUACUUCAAACAAAUCUAAGAUUUCAACAUGCAGUUAUUUAUUUCAUGGUAGGGUUGUGACCUCAGUGGUUUUGGUGUUUGAUCCUUACUUAGGAUGGAGACUGAAAGAUUAGAAGAGAGGCAUAGAAAUUUCAUUGAAAACAAAAAUGAAAUCAUGUUUAAUCCGAGAACCGAUCACCCUGGAUAUGAGAGAGAUCUGUUGCCUAGUUUUGAACGGAAUGUAGAUGAAUUCAGGAAGAUGCCGGGUCUGCAUGAUUUGGCAGAUGUUAAAGGUUCUAAAAGUAACAUAAAAAAGAAGACUAAACAUUCUAUCAAUCCUUUUAUUAUUCCUUUCUGUGAUGAGGAAUUGGUUGAGAAUGAGACAAAUUUGUAUACGGAGGAACAACAUGCAGAGGAUUUAGUCGCUGCCAUAGACUCAAUUAACUGUGUCGAAACCAAAUCUGGAAAUUUUACCAACCCGUUUCUUGAUCCUCUUAGUGAUGAAAUACUGUCAGGGAAAGAAACAGAGUUGUACACUGAAGAACAUGGGAAUAGUUUCAGGAAGGUACCAGGUCUGGAUGAUUUAAGCGAUGGCGAAGAUUUAGUAAAUGCUGCUGAAAACAAGUCUGCAAAUUCUACUAAACCAUUUCUUGAUCCUUCCUGUGAUGGCAAUUUGUCUCAGAAAGAAAUGGAACUCUAUACUGAUAAAACUGUGACAGAAUGUGAACUGCCAGAGCUAAUUGUUUGUUUCAAAGAGGGAUCUUAUAGCAUCAUCAAGGAUAUUUGCAUUGAUGAGGGACUUCCUUCUGUUGACAAAUUUUUUAUACAAAAUGGUGCAGUGCCAGAUAAGGAAUUGUUCACCUGCCUCGAACCAGAUAUGAAAGUAAGCAAUGAGUUGGCAAAAGAUAUGGGACGCACAACAGAGCCUAAUAUCGACUGUCAAAUUGAGAUGGAUGGUGCCAACCAAUGUGUGUCUGAAUUAGAUGAAGGAAAUGUCAAAGCAAGAGAUGAGAAUAUGGUCUCCGAUGAUUUAAAGGUUCAAACCAGAUUUUUGGUAGAUGGUUGCAAAAUUGACUCCCCAUAUGAAUCAUGCAAUAUUGAUGGCGACGAUGUUCAGCAUAAUAAUGAUAAGGAUCUUUCUUUUGUUGAAAGAGAAGAGAGUCUGACUAUAGCCUCCAAAGAGAAGGACAGGGUUGAAAGUGAAUUUCCCAUACAAGAGUAUGACAACAAUAACUCCUCGCGUGUAUCAUGUGACACUGAUGGCAGCGUAAGUCAACGGCAAUCUUAUGAGGAUAUGAGUGAAGAUGGAGGGUCUGCAAACUCCUUGAGGUCAUCUACUGCCGCACAAGAAGAUGAAUCAACUAACAGCAACCAAGUCGGUGAGGGUGAGACUGCUGGGACUGUUACCUUGGAUUCUGAUUCCUUGCCGCCACCAACAACAAGUGGCAGGGAAGAAGAUCCAAAUACACAGAAGAGUGAGUUUCAACGAGCUAUUCACACUGUAAAUAUAUUGGGUCUUGAAGAAGAUUCACAGACAGCUUCAAGCCGUAGCUUCUUUAUUCAACAUGGUCAUGGAGAAUCCAGUUUCUCGUCUGCAGGUCCUUUCUCAGGUCCACUAGCUUACACAGAUCCUGCAUCAUAUUCAGGUAGCAUAUCCCACCGGUCAGAUAGCAGCACAACCAGUACAAGAUCCUUCGCUUUCCCCGUAUUACAUUCAGAGUGGAAUAGCAGCCCAGUAAAAAUGGUGAAACCUGAUCGAAGACAUUUGCGAAAGCACCGGGGUUGGAAGUUGUGUUUUCCCUGUUGUAGAUACUGAAUUUUCCUAGUUAUCCAAGAUAAAUUUAGCUCAGACGUACAAUAUAAAUAGUACAUAUACUUGGCCGAAAUUGUAUUUGGCUUCCCUGUUUGUUUACACAACGUCUCUUCAUUCUUUGUUACUUGUAGUAGAUCCCAGAAUUGAUGCUUUGGUUUACAAUAUCUAGCAUGCAUUUGAGAGGGAGAAAGUACGAAAUGAUUCAAUUAUUUGUAGUGUUAUGCCAUUUUGAUUGUAAUUUGUGAUUGGUAUACAGAAUUGUUAGAACAGGAAUAAGACUGCAUUAUCUCUGGCUGUGGUCCUGUGGAUAUUAGAUAU